AUGAGGGCGAGUCCUGGACUUGAUUCAUACCUGCCCUUCUCGACCAAUGACAGAUCGAGCUCUGUUAACGGCACCUGGGGGCCUGAUGGCGUUACUUUCUUCAUCAUUCAGGGCCUCGACAGCCUCGGCCAAGAAAAGACGCUCCUUUUCUGCAUCCUGCUUCUGGGUUACAUCGUCAUCCUGGGAGGAAACAGCAUGAUUAUCUUUGUGGCGUUAACUGAUUCGAAGCUCAACUCUCCCAUGUUCUUUUUCCUCUACAACCUCUCCUUUGUGGACAUCAUCUACACCACCACCACCAUCCCCAGCAUGCUCUCUGGCCUCCUGGCAGGCAUGAACACCAUUUCUGUGCCAGGCUGCUUCCUGCAGAUGCAUUUUUUAAUUCAGCUCGGCGUAACCAGCCGAGCCAUCCUGACUGUCAUGGCGUACGACCGCUAUGUGGCCAUCUGCAAGCCUUUGCGCUACACCGCCAUCAUGACCCGGCCCGCCCGGCUGCUCCUCAUCGUCGGAUCCUGGAGCUUCGGUGUCUUCUGCACGCUGCCGGCCACCUCCAUGGCCUUCCAGCGGUUUUACUGCGGCCCUAAUGUGGUGAAACACGGCUGGUGCGACCCGUCUUCUGUCAGGAGGCUGGUGUGCGGCGACGUGACGGUGGAUAACUUUGUAGCGCUUUCAUGCGCCGUGGUGGCGCUCCUGACCACAGGAGUCCUCAUCCUCACCUCCUAUAUCCUGAUUGGUCUUUCCGUAUUAAAGAUGGGUGUCGCUCAGCGGCUUAAGGUCUUCGGGACAUGUGCCGCCCACCUCACUGUGGUGUCCAUCUCCUACAGCUCGGCCUCGUGUGUAUACAUCUCCUACCGGGUGGCAAGCUUUCCACCUGAGGUUCGUAUCGUUGUGUCGGUGGUGUAUGCCGCUCUCACUCCGUUCCUGAACCCGAUGAUCUACAGUCUGAAGAACAAGGAGCUGCGGGAGUCCAUCAGGAGGACUCUGAGCAGCUUCAGACCUGCUGCUGUGCUCCCGAAUAAAGACGUCAACACCGAUGCUUGA